AUGUCGCAGCUACUGCCCCAGGCGUACCUCACGAACUUUCACAACCGGAUAAGGAACGAAGAUGUGCCGCUCUUCAUCACGGCCGCGCCGACGCGGAACCAUAAGCGCGCUAAGGUGGUGAACUACUCAGAGUACGACAAUGACUUGCUGCUGGACGACUUCAUAGAGCAGGACCAGAACGACGACGACGAGAAGGUGCACAGCGACAACGGCAAGGGCGAGGGCGAGGAGGUCGGGCACGAGGACGCGGUGGCCAGCAACAACAACCUGCCCGAUCUGGAGCAGCAGGACGACCCGACGGGCAUUCUGCGGUACCCGCGGAUCCGCGAGACGUUUCUGCAGAGCAAAAUUGCGGUGCGUUACGAGCAGGUGCUGGAGGCGGGCGUGGGGGGCUCCGGCGAGGCGGUGGGCAUAGCGGAGGACGAGGGCGCGGGAGCGUACUCGUCCUCGUCGCAGCCGGUGGUGAUACCGAUCAGGCUGAACCUGGAACACAACGGCCACAAGAUCAUUGACUUCUUCACGUGGAACCUGAAUGACCACUCGCUAACGCUGGAGCAGUUUGCCCAGAUAUACUGCCAGGACCUGGACUUUGCCCACAAUCUGUCGCUGCAGAACCAGAUUGUCGCUGCUAUCAACGACCAGCUGCAGGAGUACGAGACUUUGGCGUCUGUUGUUGUGCCCGAUCUGCAUGUGAUCAUCAACCUAACGUGCAACCUUGACUCGAAGCUCUACGAGGAUAACUUUGAGUGGAAUCUCAACGACCAGACGCUCUCUCCGGAGCAGUUUGCAGAGCUGGUGGUUCAGGACCUGGGCCUGACCAGAGAGUUUAUGCCGGCUAUUGCGCACGCCCUUUACGAGUCUAUUUUAAAAAUCAAGAAGGAUUGGUUGGAAGGCCACCUCAACCCGGAACAUGUCGCCAAUGGAGCAGCCUUUGGGUGUCUGUCGGGUAUCAGACUGGACAUCGACACAUUGGGCAGUAACUGGUGUCCUAAAGUAGAGGUUCUGUCGCAGUGGGAGAUAGAAAAGCGCGAAAUAGAGAAAGAGAGGAACAUGAGAAGACUAAAACGCGAAAGUGCGAAAGUGGAUGACAGGCUUGCUAGAAGAAGAGGGAAGAGGCGGAUGGAUGACUUGGAAACAACGAUGAGAAUAUAG